AAGAGAGAAAGAGAGAGAGAAACGUCUGGGUUUAAAAUUAGAGAAAAGAGAGAGUGAGGGAGAGAGAGAACACAUUUGUAGAAAAGUGGCACAAUGUUGAUGUUGGGUUCACAGGGGACUCUCUUUACUUCACUUGCAAUCUUUCUUGUGUCUUCACUGUGAGCCUUUUUUGUUUAAGAAGUUUCUUUCUUUAUUUAUGUCCAUUGAUUGUAGUAGAGCAUGUUCAGUCUUCUAAUAUCUGAUCUAGGGUUUUGACAUCAUUCUGGUCUUUAAUGGUGGUGAUUGUUGCUUCAUUCAGAAGCUGCAGAGUGGGUAUCUUUUUUUGGUUUCUGAGGCAUUUUGGGAUGUGGGUUUGAAAUUUCUUCAUUUGGGGUUUUCCUCUUUACUUUCUUUUCCAAAAGGGCAGUGCUUGUGUGUGAUGUGAGCUAGGGUUUUCCGGGGGGGAGUCCUUGAUCUCUGUGGUCUGGGGUUUUGAUUUCAUGUGGAUCUCAAUGGGUUUUUACUGACAAGCUGAUUACUUCGUUUGUAAGUUCUUUUUGUGGGUUUUUGAGGUGUUUUGGGAUGUGGGUCUGAAGGGAGUGGUUGUCUUCUUGCUAAACUUAGGCCUCUCAUUAAUGGUCUAGGGAUUUGAUUCCAAGUGGGUGUUAAUUGUUCCUUGACUUGCAAGUGCUUUUGUUGUGGUUGUUCUAGUCCUUCAUUUGGAUUCUUUCUCACUUCCUAUCAUAUCAAAUUGAGCUAAGUUUCUCCUGGUUUUUGCUCUGGUUUGAUUUGGUUAUAUCUCAUUUGGUUUCAGCAAUGGCGGGGCUAGGGUUUAUUCCAAUGAAUUUCUUCAAACUAGCAUUCUUGGCUUGUUUUAUCUUCUCAUGCUUGUCUCUUGGAACCCCAAGUCAAGCCUGUGAUCCCAAUGAUCUGUUAGCACUGAAAAAGUUUGCAGGCAAUCUCACAAAUGGGUCCAUUAUCGCAACAUGGUCCAAUGAUUCCAUUUGCUGUGAAUGGGAAGGUAUUAAAUGUGACCAUCGUGGUAAUGGAUCAUCAACAACCAGAGUAAGUAUCUUGAAUCUCUCCGGAAAAGGCUUAAGAGGCUCAAUUUCACGCUCUCUGGGCAGUUUGGAUGAGUUGAAACUUCUUGAUCUUUCUUGCAAUCAUCUGGAUGGUGAAUUGCCCACGGAGCUUUCGAAUUUGAAGAAUCUUGAAGUUCUUGAUUUCAGCCACAACAUGUUAACAGGGCCUGUUUCAGGGUCACUCGUCGGUUUGAAUUCAAUACGAUCAAUCAAUAUAUCGAGCAAUUCAUUCAAUGGGGACUUGUUUGAUCUUGGGGAAUUCCCAAAUCUUUCAGUGCUCAAUCUCAGCAGCAAUUCAUUCGCUGGUGGAUUGAAUUCACAAAUCUGCAUUUCAUCAAACAAGAUUCAGAUUCUUGAUUUAUCAAUGAACCAUUUGGCAGGUGGGCUCGAUGGAUUAGGCAAUUGCAGCACAUCUCUACAACAAUUGCGCGUUGAUGGCAAUUCGCUUGAAGGCCAGAUUCCAGACUCAUUGUAUUCAGUGUCAUCUUUGGAGCAUCUUUCAAUCUCUGCCAACAAUUUUUCAGGCCAGCUGAGCCCGAAACUCAGUAAGCUUUCGAGCCUCAAAAUCUUGGUUAUUGGUGGAAAUCAAUUUUCAGGUCCCCUUCCAAAUGUGUUUGGGAACCUAACACAAUUAGAACAUUUAAUUGCAUGUUCAAACAUGUUUUCCGGGUCAUUGCCUUCGACCCUGGCACUCUGCUCAAAGCUACGAGUGCUUGAUCUUCGGAACAAUUCUCUAUCAGGAUCGAUAAAUCUUGAUUUCACUGGAUUGCCUUAUCUAUGUACACUUGAUCUUGCCACAAAUCACUUCAUUGGUCCCCUGCCCGAUUCAAUAUCUAGUUGUCACGAGUUGAAAGUGUUGAGUGUUGCUAAAAACUCGUUAACUGGCCAGAUUCCUGAAAGCUAUGCAAACCUUUCGUCCCUUGUGUUUCUCUCAUUAUCAAACAACAGUUUUGUGAAUUUAAAUGGGGCAUUAUCAGUACUGCAGCAAUGUACAAAUCUCACCACACUCAUCCUUACUAGAAAUUUCCAUGGAGAAGAAAUCCCAGAAAAUGUGAUUGGGUUUGAGAGCUUAAUGGUUUUUGCACUAGGGAAUUGCGCUCUUAGUGGUCAAAUCCCGAUUUGGUUGCGAAAUUGCCGGAAAUUACAAGUUGUUGAUCUUUCUUGGAAUCAUUUGAAUGGUAGCAUCCCGCCUUGGAUAGGUCAGAUGGACAAUUUGUUUUACCUUGACUUCUCAAACAACUCUCUCACUGGAGAAAUUCCAAGGAGUUUGACAGAACUGAAGAGUCUCAUUUCCGGGAGUAGCAGUUCAUCCAAUCACACCACGGCCCUGGGCAUUCCCCUGUACGUCAAGCGAAACCAGAGUGCUAAUGGUUUACAGUACAACCAGGCCUCAAGUUUUCCCCCAUCAAUUUACCUGAGCAAUAACAGAAUAAACGGGACAAUUUGCCCUGAAAUUGGGCAAUUGAAACAGCUCCACGUCUUAGAUUUGAGCAGGAACGUCAUAACUGGGUCCAUCCCUAGCUCCAUAUCAGAUAUGGGUAACCUGGAGGUUUUGGAUUUAUCGAGCAAUAAUCUCUAUGGAUCAAUCCCUGCAUCGUUUAAUAAGCUCACAUUCCUGUCAAAGUUUAGUGUGGCAAAUAAUCAUUUGCGGGGUGCAAUUCCAACCGGGGGUCAGUUCUUGAGCUUUCCUGGAUCAAGCUUUGAGGGUAAUCCUGGACUUUGCGGGACAAUAGACUCCCCUUGUAGAGCUAUUAAUAAUAUGGGGACUCAACCCGCUAUCUCAUCUGGUUCAAAUAGCAAAUUUGGUCGAAGCAGCAUCUUUGGAAUCACUAUCAGUGUAGGAGUUGCCAUUGCAGUGCUCGUGGCCAUUGUUAUGCUCAAAAUGUCAAGGAGGGGUGUUGGAGAUGUAGUUGAAAAUUUGGAUGAAGAAACCGGGAGGCCACAUAGGUUAUCCGAAGCGCUCGGGUAUUCAAAAUUAGUGCUUUUUCAGAACUCGGAAUGCAAGGAUCUUACAGUUGCGGAGUUGUUGAAAUCCACGGGCAAUUUUAACCAGGCAAACAUAAUUGGGUGUGGAGGAUUUGGCCUGGUUUACAAAGCCAACCUUCCCAAUGGCGUGAAAGCAGCAGUCAAGCGGCUUUCGGGGGAUUGCGGGCAGAUGGAACGUGAAUUCCAAGCUGAAGUGGAAGCUCUCUCAAGAGCUCAGCAUCGAAACCUUGUUUCUCUCCAGGGCUAUUGUCAACAUGGAAAUGACAGGUUAUUGAUUUACUCAUAUAUGGAGAAUGGAAGCUUGGAUUAUUGGCUACAUGAGCGGGUUGAUGGGGGUUCGCUUCUUAGGUGGGACACGAGGCUGAAGAUAGCUCAAGGAGCCGGUCAUGGCUUGGCUUACUUGCAUAAGGAGCCAAAUAUAAUUCAUAGAGACAUAAAAACUAGUAACAUUUUGUUGGAUGAAAAAUUCGAAGCUCAUUUAGCAGAUUUUGGUCUCUCAAGGUUGCUUCACCCUUACGAUACCCAUGUAACGACAGAUUUGGUGGGGACAUUAGGGUAUAUUCCUCCUGAAUAUAGUCAGACAUUGACGGCCACUUUCAAGGGUGACGUUUAUAGCUUCGGUGUCGUGCUUCUCGAGCUUCUCACUGGUAGGAGGCCUGUGGAGGUUUGCAAGGGGAAGAAUUGCAGGGACUUGGUGUCAUGGGUAUUUCAGAUGAAAUAUGAGAAGAGGGAGGAGGAAAUAUUUGAUUCAUUGAUAUGGAAUAAGAAUUAUGAAAAGCAGCUCCUUGAUGUGCUCGGCGUAGCUUGUAAAUGCUUAGACCAAGAUCCGAGGCGGAGACCCUCCAUCGAUCAAGUUGUUUUGUGGCUUGACAGAGUUGGCACUGAGGGUACGAAGGAAUAACUCUGUUCACUGUCUGUUCUCUGACAGAGCCAAGUUUUCUGUUCAAAUCACAAAAGUGGUUAGUAUAACUGUAAAGCUACACGGUUUAAAUUUCCGUGCUUUGGUACCGAAUAGUGUUGUUGAAUUACUUUAAAUUAGAUAUUAGACACCUUUUUGCAUACCUGGAAUAAUCAUUGUAGAGCUUCUAAAUCUUUUGUGUAUAUAUAUAUUUUCUGAUAUAUUGCUAUGUAAUGUCCUGGGAAAGUGAAAUAUAAAACCUGCCUUUGCGCUUUA